ACUGUGAUCUACUCCUAUCGUACCUUACAAUCCUUUCGAGCUUAGUGCUGUUCCCCAUCGAGAUAUACUGUGCGUCUUAUUUCUGUGCGCCCUUCCCUCGAUCUCCUCGGCUCAGAGCGCAUGUAAGAGGCAUGACCCUGCUAUUGGCUCAAUAAAAAUGCAGUAUUAUCUACCUAGGUAGUUAUGGGGACGGGGGUAAUCCAUGACCACGGGCUGGUAUGACAAGCCGGCGUUAUGGUUCGGGGUAUAUAUACUUAUAAAGGUAGUCAGCCCAAUACACUGAGUUGCACAAUAACCAGCCUGUUUGUUCUUAUGGUCAGCUUUCAUAAUGUAUUGGCUAUUUCUCGCUGCUCUGGCGAGCCAAGCGGCUUCUAUCUCUCCUCGCGGUCUACCUGUCAAACUUGAGACCCGUUCAGGACUCACUUCUCGCCUUGCCAAUGUUCACAUAUCGUUCGAUAAUCCGAUUGAUGGUAUAGUGACAUAUACCUUCGGCCGAUGCGAUUCCACGCGUCUUAGCGAUGCUCACCAUACCGUCGGCCAGGGCAAAGAGGCCAAAGAGUCGCGAUUAGUUUGGAUCUUGCCGGACGAUGUGAGAUUCGACGGAUGUAUCUCGGCGUGGGAUCAGCGCGGAUCACUAAUCGGUCGCAGCGAGCCACAGCGACUAAGCAGGAGGAAGCUGAAGAGACGUGGCUCCAAUAGCAUACCUAUGACCAAUGCCACCGGUAUCGAUACUUGGGGCCCAUGGUUUGACGGUGUUGAAUUGCUUAAGAAUAAGGAAAUCAAUGCCUUCGAUGCUGCGGAGGCUAAGUCGAAAGAUGUAGCUAUCGUGGGCGCGGGGAUGUCAGGACUUAUGACUUAUUUAGUUCUGACACAGGCUGGACUCACAAAUGUGAAGAUUGUUGAGGCCAGUCAAAGGCUUGGUGGGAGAGUUCAUACCGAGUAUCUUUCGGGAGGUCCUUUUGAUUAUUCGUACCAGGAGAUGGGCCCAAUGCGGUUCCCGGAGACGGCGACGUAUUUGAAUGAGACUUAUCCUAUUAAGGAUCACCAAUUGGUGUUUCAACUCGCUAGCGAGAUGAACAGAAUCAACAACAACGAUAAGAAUUUCAGUGUCGACUUCAUUCCGUGGCUCCAGUCGAGCCCCAAUGGUUUGUAUUACUAUAAUGGCGUGAAGUUGGACACGGGUCUACCUCCGACUGUUUCCCAGCUCAAUACUUCCAGUGCCCCAUUGAAUCCCUCUACUGAGGCAUUGUCUACUAAGAUCAGCACUAUCACUUCGGAUACGACUUUCAUGAUUGAAAUUGCGAAUAAUACCGGCAAUGUUAACGAACCCAUAGUCAAUGGCCUCGGUGGACUCGGUGGUGAUGUCUGGUCCGAAUUCGCUUAUAUGGUGAACUACCUCAAAGCGUCCCUGAACGACACCGACGUCCUCAGUGGGGGUGCUACUUCAUUCUGGGAUACUAUCUAUGAAAGCGUGUACUUCGGUGCCACAAGUUGGAAGACUAUAGACGGAGGUCUAAGCCGGCUUCCGGAAUCAUUCCAUCCCUUAGUAGACAACGUAACCACAAUGAACCGCAGAAUCGAGCGCGUCGAAUGGCUUGACGAUAUCCAGCAAGUCAAGUUGCAAUGGAGAGACAACUACACAGACACAGUAUUCCAGAAUUCCUCACAUGACUACGCCGUCUUCGCACUACCCUUCUCCAUUGUCAAAAAAAUGAGACUCCCAUACCUACCUCCAACAAUAUCCAACGCAAUCCAAAACAUGCCCUUCACCGCAGCCUGCAAAGUAGCCCUCGAAUACCGCACCCGUUUCUGGGAGCACUUCACCAACCCAAUCUUCGGUGGCUGUUCCACAACCACCGACAUCCCAGGUAUCGGCUCCAUCUGCUACCCAUCAUACUGUCUAAACUGCACCGGCCCCGCCACAAUCCUCGCCUCAUACGCCUCAGGCGACUGGGGCGCGCGAUGGGUCUCCGUGCCCGAAGCGGAGCACGUCCAGUACAUGGUCGACGCGAUGGCGGAGAUCCACGGCCAAGUCGCGUAUGAUGAGUACACGGGGAAGUAUAACCGACGCUGCUGGAUGCUGGAUGUGUAUGAGGGGGGAAGUUGGGCGAGUCCGACGGUGGGACAGCAUCAGUUGUAUUUGCCGGAGUAUUUUAAGACGUAUAGUAACAUGAUAUUCGUCGGCGAACAGACAUCCUAUACGCACGCGUGGAUCGCUUCGGCGCUUGAGUCGGGGAUCCGAGGGGGUGUUCAAUUACUACUUGAACUCGGACUUGUCGACGAGGCUAAGGCUACAGUCGAGAAUAAAAUCAUCUACAUUCAUGAUAUGGCGAGGGCGAUGUUCAAGUAA